AUGGGUACCGCUUUUUCCUCCUCCUCCUCCUCUUCCACCCCAGAGUCCAGAGCUAUGGCGCUCGCCAAGGCCAAGGAGAUCGUCGCCUCCGCUCCCGUCGUCGUCUUCAGCAAGUCUUACUGCCCUUUCUGCGUACAAGUGAAGAAGUUGUUCACGCAGCUGGGAGCAAGUUUCAAGGCCAUUGAGUUGGACACUGAAAGCGAUGGAACUGAGAUUCAGUCAGCUCUUGCUGAAUGGACUGGGCAGAGGACUGUUCCCAAUGUCUUCAUCAAUGGAAAACACAUUGGUGGCUGUGACGAUACUAUUGCACUGAACAAGGGAGGGAAGCUGGUUGCUCUGCUGACGGAGGCUGGAGCGAUCUCGGGUUCUUCUUCGAAGACCACUGUCACUGCUUAG